CUCUUCAUUCUCCACUCGUUUCGCUGCUUCUUUCUCUUAGUAACCCUUCACAUGGACACCUUACUUCUCUUCUUCGUCGGGGCAGUCACCUUAUCAGUAUAUCUCUUCUGGUUCUAUCUCCUAUCCCGAAACCUAUCCGGUCCAAAAGCUUGGCCUAUCGUGGGAAGUCUCCCCGGUUUGAUUGCAAACCGGGCUCGCAUUCAUGAUUGGAUAGCGGAAAACCUUCGACGUACUGGAGGAUCCGUGACCUACCAGACUUCUAUUCUAGCUCUCCCUUUCGUAGCUCGUAGGCAAGGCUUCCACACGGUUACCUGUAAUCCUAAGAACAUCGAACACAUACUCCGAAUCCGGUUCGAUAACUACCCAAAAGGUCCGACCUGGCAAGCCGCCUUCCAUGAUUUAUUAGGCCAAGGAAUUUUCAACAGUGACGGUGACACAUGGCUCAUCCAACGGAAGACAGCGGCGCUAGAGUUCACAACUAGGACGCUCCGUCAAGCCAUGGCUCGUUGGGUCAACCGGACGAUUAAGUCCCGGUUCUGGCCCAUUCUAGCCGAAGCGGGAAUGAACCAUUCCCCUGUGGACUUGCAGGAAUUGUUGCUACGCUUGACGUUCGAUAACAUAUGUGGGCUCACCUUUGGUAAGGACCCAGAAACGCUCUCUCCCCAGUUACCAGAUAACCCGUUCGCCGUCGCGUUUGACUCGGCCACCGAGGCGACUCUGCAGAGGCUACUUUACCCGGGUUUCUUUUGGAGAUUGAAGAAGGUUUUAGGAAUCGGAUCGGAGAGGAGACUCAAGGAGAGCCUUAAGAUCAUUGAGAGUUACAUGAUGGAUGCAAUCAUAGCACGUAAAGAAACACCCUCAGAUGACUUGCUCUCUCGCUUCCUCAAGAAAAAGGACAUAAAUGGAAAUUCCUUCCCCAGCUCGUUUCUCAGUUUUAUUGCUCUCAACUUCGUCCUAGCUGGCAGAGACACGUCAUCCGUUGCACUUAGCUGGUUUUUCUGGCUCAUCAUGAGUCACCCGCAUGUGGAAGAUAAGAUCAUCAACGAGAUAUCUACGGUCCUUAAAAAGACACGUGGCUACGAUAGGCAGAAAUGGGUGGAAGAGCCGUUGGUUUUUGAUGAAGUGGAUCAGCUGGUUUAUUUAAAAGCAGCUUUGUCCGAAACGCUACGAUUGUAUCCGUCCGUGCCGGAGGACUUCAAGUACGUUUUAUCGGACGAUAUUUUACCCGACGGAACAGUAGUGCCGGCCGGUUCGUCGAUUACGUACUCGAUUUAUUCGGUGGGGAGGAUGAAAGCUAUAUGGGGAGAUGAUUGCUCGGAGUUUCGGCCCGAACGGUGGAUCUCGUCGGACGGGGAGAGGUACGAACCGCCCAAAGAGGGUUACAAGUAUAUGGCGUUCAAUGCGGGACCGAGGACUUGUUUGGGGAAGGACUUGGCUUAUCUGCAGAUGAAGUCGGUGGCUGCGGCGGUACUGCUGCGUCACCGGCUGUCGUUGGUUCCCGGUCACCGGGUUGAGCAGAAGAUGUCGCUGACGCUGUUCAUGAAGGACGGGCUGCGUGUGUUCGUACACCCACGGGAUCUGGAAGGGGAUAAUAGCAGCGUCACCACUUCUUCUAUGUAGUCAGGGUUAUUUUCGUCAUAUGGAAACUUCUCAUGUCUCUUUCUGCAAAAUGGCAAUUGGGCCGGGACUGCAGUUGUUAUUUGCUUUAAUUUCUCUUUGUCUUUCAGGUUUGAACCGAGUUAGGAUACGACGGUUUAAGGGAUUUGUCACAUGAUUCACUUCGUUCAUUAUAUGUUGUAAUUUGUCAUGUUAUUUACGUCUUAAUUAAUAAUGGAGUGUAAUUACUUUGUAGUA